GUGCUCUUGGGUCGUCGUCGUGGGCCUUCAUUUCUCCUAGAAGGUCGAGAGGAGAAGAAGGCGAGACGUGCAGUCCGUCGGGCACCGAUCGAGAACAGGGAACCGAUCAAGUCGUACGUCGUCAGCAUCACGACCGGAUGGCGCGUGCCGCGUCCAGCUAUGUAUCCAGGAGGGGGCUCUCCGCAGCGAUGACGGUGGCGGCGGAGUCCGUGAAGAAGGUGGAGGAGAAGGCGGUGAAGCUGGGCACGGUGGCCAAGGACAUCGCCAGCGCCAUGGCCACCACGACGGAGGAGAAGACGGCGUUCUGGGAACCUGACCCCGAGACCGGAUACUACCGUCCGGUCACCGGCACGAAGGAGGUGGACGCCGCCGACCUGCGCGCCGAGAUGCUCAAGCGGAGGAUUCUGCAGGACGACUGAUGCAUGCAGCAUGCACUAGCUGCCCCUGUUCGAUCGCCAAGAUCACACCACGACGAAGAUACUGUACCUAGUAGUACGUACGUACGUGUACACCUGAUUAUCCGAAGAAGAUGGCCAGCCGAUUAUUAACCAUUGGCUAUCUUCGAUCGGGGCCAAUUUCAGAAGGAAUUUCCUUUACUUUCUGUAGCAAAUGAUCGGGUUCCUGCACAGUUCAUCAGGAAUUCCAUUGUAUGCUCGUGUUGGUAUAUAUACGUACGAUGGGGUACCAUUCUGGUCACCAUAAAAA